UCGCGGAAGGACCUGAUCACACGCUGCCUCUACUUCUGCCAGAUUCGUUUUCACUGAUCUGUACCAUGCCGACCGACACAAAGCGUGUACGCGGCCCCGAAGUGUCCCAAAGCCCGUCUCUGUUUUUGUGCAAACCCGCGGCUGUCCUCCCGCCGCGCGGCCCCAGAGCGGACGGUCGGCAGCGGGACCAAGUGGACGUCCGGCCCGUUUUUGUCCGGUGCGGGCUGGUGAGCCAGGCUAAAGGGUCCGCGUACAUCGAGGCUGGAAACACCAAGCUGAUGUGCUGCGUGUAUGGCCCCAAAGAAACAGAGCGGAAAGAUGAGACCGAUAUGAAAUGUGGAAGAUUGACCACUGACAUGCGUUUUGCUCCAUUUUCCUGCCCUGAGAGGGGAUCCUGGAUUCAGGGGAGCCAGGACAAGGACUUCUCCCUGAUGCUACAUGAGAGUCUACAGCCGGCGGUGUGCCUCCACAAAUACCCCCGCUCUCAGAUUGAGGUCAACGUGAUGAUUCUCGAGAACAGCGGUUCAGUUCUGGCUCAUGCAGUCACAUGCGCUUCUCUCGCUCUCGCAGAUGCAGGGAUCGAAAUGUAUGAUCUGGUGCUCGGCUGUUCCAUCCGGCAGGAUGGCGCCUCUUAUGUGGUUGACCCUUCCUACAUGGAGGAAAACAGCUGCUCAGUCAGCAGCGAGAACCAGGGCAGUCUGACUGUUGCAUUCCUCCCCAGCCUGAACCAGAUUUCUGGGCUGCAGUCAGAUGGAGAAAUGACAGAAGAGACUCUGACAGCCGGGGUACGGACCUGCAUCGAGGGAUGCUAUAAACUGUACCCGGUCAUCCAACAAGCUUUGGCCCGAGGUGUGCGCAGGGCUGCGCUCCCACCAUCAGAGAGCUGAGAGACUCGUUUACCAAUAACUGCUCAGUUCACAGUUUUUCUAUUUUAUAAAUUUCUGUCAUUUAACAACAAAACCUAUUUUUCUAUGUUUGCUAUUAUAUUCUUGAAAUGAUAAAACUAAUUAACUGUUUUCUCAUUAAAUAAUUUAAGAGUGCACUUAAAUGUUAUAGUUUGCAUUUGGGCCCUAGGAAAAUACAGACGAGCGCACUGUUUAAAUUAAUGACAUUACUCAUGUAGGAUCUGGGAUUCCUGAAUGUACUGUCAUGAUGUAACAUGCUAAGUGCAAAAAGAAAUAAAUAAAGAA